AGGUUAUGUUUAUUGUUUAGGUUACAAACGUCAAAUCAAAAAUUCAAAAUAUUUAGCUUAUUAUUAUAAUUAUUUGGGAAAAAUGCAGAUAAAGAUUUAAUUAGUUGACAGUAGUAUAUAACAUCUUUCAUUAACACUUCUCCAGCCUACAACAAUGAUUCGUCAAGAAACGGAAUCAGAUAUUAAAGAAUCUAAGGUUCAAGAAAAUUUAGCAAAAUGGCAAUCUACCACCGACCCUUUGGCCCCUUUGUCGGAAGAACAGAUGGAUUUGGUGUAUGAAAUGGGUGAUUUAGUUAGUUCUAUGUAUACGAAUCCAGAAGAGAAUACAGAACAUGCAACAGAAGUGGAAACUCUUGAAAAACCUGAAUAUCCACCAGUUAUUCAUAAAAUGCAGGAUUACAUACAGUGGAUGAUAGCUGCAGAAAAAGAUAUAAAGCAGGAGAAUUUGAAACAAUAUCAGAUAUAUUCUGAACAACUUAAGAAACAUCAGUGUAAUAGCCAACAGUUGUUUGAUCAUACAAAUUCUGCUUUGGAAUACCUCAUACAGUUGAAAAAUCAAUAUGAAAAUGUGACUGAAAAAACCAAUCAUUUACACUUACUUAGUGAACUACUUAUGGCUAACCAACGAACCCUCAAAGAAAAGAAACAAAGCUUGAAUAGCAAGCUGAAGCAUUUCACAAAUUUCACCAAAUGCCAGGAGAGCAUAGAGAGAAUGGGUAACAGACUGAAUAAUGAAGAAUGUAUAAAAGUUUUAGAUGAAAUUGAUGAGAGUAUAAGCUAUUUGAAUGAUCACUUGCAUUACAAGGAAUCCAGAAUUUAUAAAAUGAAGUAUGAGAGUUUGCUGAACAACAUUCUCAACAAAAUCUAUGACUAUGUCAACACUAUUCUAGUUGAAACUAUGAAACAAGUUGUAGACCCAGAUUCAAAGACUCAUAUAUUACCUCAAACACCAAGUGUCACUGAAUCUUUAGUUGACUCUGCCUUUUCAUUGUAUUAUGGAAAAUUCCAGAGUGUAUCUAUCAAAAUCAGGUUCAUUCUAAAUAGCUUGGAAGAACGUGAGGACCACAAUGAACAGUACAAGAAUAUACUGAGUGAUUGUCAAAAAACAUACCUCACUCAAAGACUGCCUAUAAUGAGCAUUGCAGUGUCUAAAGCUUUGGCUGAACUCAAAGAAAAGCAUAGGGUAGACCACAGCAAGUUGUUUAGGUCAUGCAGUUUGUUCACCAUGAAAAUCUGUCAAGAUGAAGCUAUGUGCUACAACUAUUUCUUCACAAAACCAUCCACCCAACUGAAUGAUUACUUAGGUACCCUAUGCCAACACUUAUAUGACACUUUAAGACCCAAUUUGAUAAUGAUCAACCACAUUGAAGUUUUGAGUGAACUAUGUGGGAUACUCAAGAGUGAAUUGUUGCAUGAAAAGGUUUUGGACAAUGACCAACUACUUAAAUUCAUACAGGUUAUCCAGCAGUUGUUACAAGAUGUAGAGGAAAGGCUAGUUUUUAGGUCAAAUGUCUUCUUCCAGCAUGAUUUACUAGGUUAUAAACCUUCUCCGGGAGAUUUAGCUUAUCCAGAGAAACUGGAACAGAUGGAGAAUAUUGCAUUGGAACUGAGAGACAGAAGAUCAGAUUCCAGAAAUUCUGUAGUAUCAUUAGAGAGUCAAGAAGUAGCUCAUAUUAAUGCUGCACAAAUGGCUCAUUUUCGCUCAUACACUGGUAAUUCUCCUGCAGAUUUGCAUGGCAUGUGGUACCCAACUGUCAAGAGAACUUUAGUUUGCCUCUCACGUUUGUAUUUCUGUCUUGAUAGAAAUACUUUCCAAGGAUUGGCUCAAGAAGCAUUGGUACAUUGCAUUAGUACUGUUAAAACAGCAGCUGAUUUGAUUGCCUCCAGGAAAACACCUGUGGAUGGCCAGCUGUUUCAGAUAAAGCACCUGUUGAUUAUAAGAGAACAAAUAGCACCUUUUCAGGUUGACUUUACUGCAAAAGAAACAUCUCUUGACUUCAGUACUGUGCAGAAAGCUGCUUUAGAAUUGUACAGUCAUAGAAGCAACAUUUUCACUUUCAAUUCCAACAAUGCUUUGCUAGAAUUCCUACUAGAAGGUACACCUAAGGUGAAAGAGUACUUGGUAGACUCAAGAAAAGAGAUUGACAAGCAGCUGAAACACUCCUGUGAGGAAUUCAUUUCACAUGCUACUAGAAUUCUCGUAGGAAACAUUCUCCAAUGGAUAGAAAAAGCCGAGCACAUCCUGAGGAUCAUCCGAGCCGAAAGCUCUCCAUCCCAAGAACUGACAGUGUCCAGCCAGAAUUUCGGCAGGCCCCGGACCGUAGCGAGCAUAAUCCAGGAGGCGCAGAAGAACAUGAAAUCGAGGAUCCCGGAAAUUCAACGUUCGAUGCAGCUCUAUUUGUCCAACAGAGAGACCGAAUUUAUUCUGUUCAGGCCGAUCAAAAACAACGCGAUAAACGCGUUCUUGCAGCUGGAUCAAAUUCUGCUGACAGGCGGGUAUAGUAGCGAAGACCAGCUUUUGAUUGCUUGCCCUUCACCUGAGCAAGUAAAUAUUUUGAUAUGUUCUGUCUCUUUGGUUGGUGGACAGGACGGUCAAAAAGCUGUUGUUUGAUGUUUUUCUCCUUUAUUUCAAGUUUUCUCUUAACUAGAAUAUAGGAACAUAUAGGUCAUUCUCGAUCUAAAAAUACAGGGUGAGUUAGAAUGAGACCGUCAAACUCGGUAUACGGAGUAUUUACUGUUAACGCCACUAUGGUGUGAAAUAGGCGCGGCUUCAAAUAUUUCUGGUAGUAUACGCAAAAUCACGUUUGCCUUGAUGCUACCGACGGUACUCCAAAUUCCCCAAAACUGUGAGAUCCUCACUCUUUUCGUUGGAGGACCCUCGUUGGUCUCCUCCAGAUUUUUGGUAAGCACUAUACCCUUCAGUUUCCAAAGAAACUUAGUAGGGAAGGGUGAGGAACAUU